AUGGCAGGACUGUCUAAUGUAUCGCCCGCCCCAAACAUUACAAUGGAGAGUCAUAGACGGUACCAUCAUGCUCUAUGGAAUCUCAAGCAGGCACUGGAUGACCCGCUGAGAGCGGUAUCUGAUGAAACACUUACUACAGUCAAUCUACUAUCUCUGUACGAGCCCUGGGUGCAUCAGAAGGCUCGAUCGCGUAUGCUGAGUAUCCACAUCACAGCUCCCUAUCUGCAUGCAACAGAAGCAAACUGUUCCUUUCGCCCUGGUUCGAGCUACGUCGGCUUGGCAAUCCAGCCCCCUCCGACAGGAAUGGGGUCGUCGAAAGUAUUCUCACCCGGGCUCUCUCUCGGAAAUUUCAUUCAGGCUGGUCAACCUCCGAGCAUUUGUCAAAAACGGCCAAAUCCCUGCCCCUCAUAUCAUUCGUCGGGUUGCACUCGAAAUCGACCAUGA